UUUCAUUUUCAUUCGACCAGUCGUCGCGUACGGAGUGCCGUUGUAAAAGUAGUCUCGUGAACGCCACGCCAGAGUGACGGUCAACUUUUUGUGUGUAACUGGGGGAAUUGUUUCGGUAAAAACCGGCGAAAAUUGUACUGUAAAAUGUGAUACUUUCUCCCAACAAAAGCAUCCAGAGUGACUCAAUCUUGAAUGCUUAUUUUCGCUUACAGCGGCAUCGUCAUCUGCGUAAUCAGUAAAAAGUCAUUAAAUUGAAAGAGUAAAGCUCCGCAGUAAUUUUCGUUAAGCGUCACAUUUCGCCCUCUGCAUUUCUUGUAUAGUUGUUUCUUUUGUUUGGAAUACUGGAUAUAGUGAAAGUUCGACCAUUUUUGAGAAGAAAAGUGUUUUUAGAAAAAUUAAAGUUUGCAGCAAGAGCGUAACGGUUCGUUCCUGAUUGUAUGAUUCGUCGAAGUAUCCCAGUCAAGCUUCCUGCGAAGUAACAAAAUUACAAGUGUCGACUUUCCGGAUAGGAAGUGCGCUGAAAAAUAUUUGUACCGACGUCGUUAAUCAUCUUACUUUGUGUCCUACAUCCCAGCGCUCGCUCUGGAUAGCACUGACUUUCGCACUAGGAUUUUGAUCGGAAUUGGAGCACUAAAAAGAGAUAUAUCAUCGAAGCUGUGAAUUCGGGACCAUAAUGAAGAUUAUAUUCUUCUUACUGGUGCUGCUGCCGGUGAUGGUACAGCUCAAACCAGCAAACAUCUCAACCGAUUCAGCCAGCGGUGUCUCAUCGAGUGUAGCUGAAGAUCGGGCUGACUUCAUGAGAGCUAAGCGUUCCGGUCUGAGUCUCGUUUCCGGUCUCAAAAGCACACUGCUAUCGGGGAUUGGACGAGCCUCGGCUUCGUUAGCGGCCAGCAGCAGCGGGUCGGCUUCCUCUUCACUCGCUUCGCACGCUUCUGGUGGGGUGUUAGGUGGGGCAUCGGGUGGGUCUUCGAGUGCGGGACACUCGUAUGAAAAACCUCACGAGGACUCCCACUUCGACGGUUGGAGCUUGAAAAAAUCAAUACUAAACACACUGUUCCAGGCGGUGAAAGCCAUCACCGGUGGUAUAACGAUUCUGAAGGGCCAGCUCAUCAAAGGCUCCGGGUACGCAGUAAGCGGCUUGGGUAAAGUGGUCGCCGCCGGAGGAGAUGCCGUAUCGGACGUAGGCAAGAAGAUUACAUCAUCCGCACAUCUCGUGCCGUCCUCCCACUCAAUUCACCCGUUCGCCAAAUUGAGCGGCUCGCUGUCAUCGGGCUCGACGGGUUUGGUUUCCUCUGCAUCCUCUUCGUCCUCGGGCUCUUCGUCAUCGUCUGGACAUCACACUGGACCAUCAAGCGAAAGUUUCACGAGUUACGAAUCCGCCGGGAAUUACGGCCACGACUCCCACGGUUCCGUCAGUGCCCCUUCAGCAGCUGCAUACCUGCCACCAAAGACGACGACCUACUACAAAACACCACUGACAUCGUACGGUACCGAAAUCGAAUCCGUUGCUUAUCCGAUGACAGCGUAUUACUUGCAAAAGCCCGGAAAACCAAACGUCGUAGAGGCAUCUGAUGUACUGAGGGAAAUAUUGAAACAAAAAGUACCGACCGGGAUGGGGCACAGCUACAACAGUUACCAGUCGACAGGUCCGAUGAAAUAUGAGAAGAAGGUCGUUUCCCAACACACCAUCCCGAAUGAUCCCUAUCCUCCACCAUUCCGACCGCUGAAGAACAACGAUUUCCUGUCACAACUGUACGGUGUACCCCAUGGUCCUAUUGACACUGUUACUCACUCCCAGUCGAUCACGACAUCCUUCGGUGCCUCGCAGAACUCACCCUACAUAGAUGAAACUGAAUCCCUGUUUCCACCUUCCUUUGACAUCUACCGAUCCAUGAGCGUUAAAAAUGCCGGUAAGAAACAAAACACCAUCUCUGAAACCUAUUCCAGUCAAGUCGAUCCUCGAUCGAAAACGAGUCACGAUAGCUCGGUUGUCCAUCCAAGUACUAACUCUGUUUCCCUGUACCUAUCCCCACCGAAACCGACCGCACUGACAGCCGAUCAAACAGACGAUUCACAUGUUCACCAACAGCAACUACGUGACCUCACCCAGAAGCUAGGUCCUGGAAUUGAGGUACAAAAGUCUUUAGCCUACGAACUUGAGGAUAAUUCCCGAUCUACCAAGCUUACAUCGACUGAACAAGACGCAAACCGACGGUUAAGUGACAAACGAGAGGUUAGUAAACCGACCAACAGCAGUGCUGCCAGUCAAGAAUCAACAAAGCGAAAACAUUAAAGACUAGAGGACUCCCGCGAUACCGGCGGACAAAAUCACUGCAUAGACUAUCGAUCUUGUCUAGUAGUAGUUCACGACAGAGCGUAAACCGAACUCAGAUAAUGAUGACUACGCAAAAAUCAUUGUAGGCUAAGCCAUUCAACAUUCCACAGCAUCACCGCAUCACGCAGAACGGACGAGCGACUGUUAGGACAAAAUAAGCCAUCGCAAAAAUUACAAUACUCAAAUAUUUGAAAAUCACACCAUGAUUGAUUUUCCUUGCGCCGUACACAUUUGGGCCCAAGUUGAAAAUACAUACAACCCAGCGAAAGCCAUUACCACCCAACCGGUUGCCGCACGUGGAGCCGCAGACAGUUCGAUUCGCAGCUGCGAACAUACGGUUUUCUUGAUCGACAUUGAAAAUAUUUACAUACUGCUCUGAUUUCCACGUUAUAGUCUGCACUACACUCGAUACCAGAACCGUCGAUUACACCGCCAAGUCCUACUGGUUACAACAAACAAUACGGCAUAGCCAGGAAGCUGAAAAAGUAGAAAGAAGAAACACGAUUGAAUGAGACACGUAAAACGCUUUGCUCACCUACGCAGGGCCACGCGAUUUCGACGGUAUGCAAUCAGUUACCGAAUUGCAGGAAACCAAUUCUAGUGAUAUAACGAUGUCUGCCUUACUCACCUGAUUUUUCAUUAUAAUAGUGGACGGUAUUCGUACUGUUUACAAGUGGUUAGUUAAAUGUACGUUGAUGUUACAAUUUCCCAGUUAGAGUUACCAUUAAAUGGUCCUUGGUGCUACUGUUACAGACAGCCGAACC